AUGGAUGCCCUUCUUAGCGACUUCAAGCGUGCGUUCGCUGCCGGCAACGGCUACGGCAUCGCUGCAACAAUCACGCCCGUUCCGCCACCCAAGGCUCCAGGCCUCCUCUACGCCUUCUACCGCAGUACGACGCCGCCCAGCGUCCAGUCCGACCUCCGUCACGGCCUUGGCUCCAACAAUGCCAUUGGGUUGACAAAGGCCGAGAUCAGUGCUUGGACAGAGGUCUACGUCACAUACUGGAAGGCACUGGGUGAAGUGUUGAGCGCUGAGGAGACGUCGCACCAGGGCCAGAGAGACGCAGACUGGUCCAAGGCCUACGACACGUGGAAGGACGUCGUCAACGCCCUCAUCAAGGGCUACUCUGGCGGCCACUUCCCUGCUUGGACUAUUCCUUGCCUCUACGUUGCCGCCAAGUACCUUCGUAUCUUCGCCAUCAAAGCUGAUCAGAGCGCUGCUCAAGCAAAGGGCAAGGCGAGUUUCAAUGCUGGCUUUUCAGAUGACAUCACAGAUACCAUGGGCAAGAACGACAAGUUAGAGGACGCUGCCAGAAAUAUCAACCGCAUAUUCAGCUUAUGCAUCAGCGACCGGGAGCCCUUGGAGGAUUCCCGCAAGUGGGCGCUCUACUACAUUGCCAACAUCCUCUUCAAGACUUACUUCAAGCUGAACGCUGUUAGCCUCUCGAAGAACGUUCUGCGUUCCCUGCACGCCGCCCGGGGUGACAUGCCGCCGUUCAGCGCCUUUCCAAAGUCUCAUCAGGUGACGUUCAAAUACUACAGUGGUGUUUUGAGCUUCCUUGACGAGGAUUACAAGCAAGCAGAAGAGCAUCUCACCGAAGCCUGGCGACUCUGCUACAGAGAUUCCAGAAAAAACCGCGAACUGAUCCUGACCUACUUGAUCCCUUGCCAUCUCCUGACCACUCAUACUCUUCCAACCCAGCGGUUGUUGGAGCCAUACCCCCGCCUGCAGCAGCUUUUCACCCCCCUUGCCACUUGCAUCAAGAGGGGCGAUCUUGCCGGCUUUGAUGCUGCUCUUGUUGCUGGUGAAGAUGAAUUUGUCAAGAGGCGCAUCUAUCUGACCCUGGAGCGCGGCCGUGAUAUUGUGCUGCGAAAUCUGCUCCGCAAGGUCUUCAUCGCCGGAGGCUUUGAGCCGCUAAAGGAAGGCCAAACUGAGAAAGACAAGAUUCGGCGAACAAGAAUCCCCAUUGCCGAAUUCGGCGCUGCUCUCAAUCUGAGCAUGGCUAGGCGUGACGGAGAGGCUCUCGACAAUGACGAAAUAGAGUGCCUACUCGCAAACAUGAUCUAUAAGAAUUUAAUGAAGGGCUACAUUGCUCGCGAGCACGGGAAGGUUGUUCUCAGUAAAGCCGGCGCAUUCCCCGGCACCGGCGUGUGA